GUCGUCACCAGGCGUUUCCCACAAGCUGCGAGGCGGAACCAAAGUGUCCGGAUGCUGCACGGCGUCGGGCGUUUCUGGAGCACGGACGGGAAACGGUGUUAGUGGAAGGAUGGAAUCGAUCUGCGGCUGUUGAUGAGUUAUGUUAUGAUGCCUUCCCGUAACAACGCCACUGCUGGGGUUUCCAGCAGCAAGGUGAAAUACUCCAAACUCGCAGACAGUGAUGACGGCUAUAUUGAUCUGCAGUUUAAGAAGCAUGCUCCGAAAGUUCCAUACAAGGCAAUCGCACUUGCUGUUGUUCUCUUUCUGAUUGGCUCAUUGCUGAUUACAAUCAGUGCUCUCCUGCUGACUGGAUACAUCGACAGUUCGUACAGUGACACGACCUGGCCGGUGCUGAUCAUCGGGAUCCUGGUUUUCCUUCCUGGCUUUUACCACCUCCGUAUUGCGUACUACGCCUCCAGAGGAUACCGAGGUUACUCCUACGAUGACAUCCCGGACUUUGAUGACUGAAAGCAAUUCUUGCCCCUUGGCUGAGUGCUGCAUCUAGUUUGAUUCUAGACCUAGCAAUGAUGGAUUUAACAAGGAUCUUCAAUUUGCAAUGGCUGGAAUUCACCUAAUUGAAUUGCAGCUACGGUGCUAAUAACGCUGUUAGCAGUGGUCGCUUUGCUCUGUUGCUAAUCAAAUUUAAGAUACUCUGAUUCAAGUAUUUCCAGAUGUUGAUUUUGAAGAGGUUUUUCAAAGUACUUCUCUUUGUAGGUCUCUUUAAAGAUAUGUCCAGUUAUAAAUGUGACAGGUGUGUUUCCACCAGCUCAGUACAUUUCACUAUGCGAAUCAAACUGGUGUACCUCAACCCCCACUGAAGUCAAGGGCAUUGGCUCAAGUCUCCCAAUCACUUCAUCAACAGGGACAAUGCUGGAGUAUCCCGUGGGCACAGUGACCCAAUGCUGCAUCUCUGAAGCAAGGAGGGCCAUAACGAGGCUAUCAAUCCAUAUUUUUAUUGAUUAGUUUCUAAUAGAAAGGAAGAGUACUUUGAAUGAAAAAUAUUUCCUUUGGCUUCCCUGUCCCCCUUAAUUAAGGUACUGCCUAUUCUUCAAUAUUGUUUGCUUUUAUUUUAUUGAGUUUGCAAAUAUAUUCCACUAAAUUUCUUUAUCAUCUAUAAUCAGAUGUGUUUAUGCCCAUGACUGAUGUCACAAAAGUUGAGAGAUUGUUGUUGCUAUGAAUUUUGUGGGUGAAAUUUUAAUGUUCUGUUCACUUUAAGUAUGGAUGAGUUAACCUCGCUAUCUCAGAAGAUUGUGAGUUGAAAUCUCAUUCCAGAGAGUUGAGCACAAGUGUCUAGACUGAGACUCCAACUCAGUGCUGCAGUACUGAUUCAGUGGGGCAUCUUUUGGCUGUCUGUUCUCACACAUAGUCAAAAGAUCCUAAGGUACCAUUCAAAUGCAAAGAGGUGAAUUACUUCCUGGUCAGUAGUUAUCCUCCAUUCAACAUCACUGAAGCAGAUUACCUGACCAUAUUCACUUUGUGCUUUGUGAGAUCGUGCUGUGGGUGCUGGGUUUCCUGCAUGACAGUAGUGACUACACUUUGAACAUUCAUGGUUGGCUGUGGAACACUCUAACAUCCUGAGGUCAAGAAAGGCAUGAUAGGAACAUAAGCCUUUCUCCAAUCUGAGUUGCAAAUGGAGAGGAUGAGCUAGAUAACAUUUGGAUACGUUAAGCAAUUGAGAAAUAUUUCAAGUGCCCUAAACGUGUUGGUAUGUCUGAAUUAGACUCGUACUGCUGUAUUGAGCAUGUCUUCCUCGGCCAUCUCUAAUGUUGAAACGGCAACACUUGUAGAAAUUAAAGGUGCAACCUCAAAAUCAUUGAAAGGAAAUGAAUUGGAACAGCCACUCUUAUCACUUUGGAUUUUAGUGUGAGGCUGUUGAUAGCAAUUUGUCCAUGAAAAAGAGACCGAACGUUUGUGACCUGAUUAAAGAAACAAUGUCUAUACAUGACUAAAACAUCCUCGCAUUCCUUCUCCUGACUUCAUAAAAUGGGCCUGUAGAUUUCAUUUGAAGUUUCCAGCUGAGGGCAGUUUUACAUUUGGAAAUAUGCACCUUAGAAGCCUUUGUUUCAGCGUCAAUCACACUACUGCAGAGUCACACUGCUUACACUGCGCCAGAUUCAUUCUUGUGACUGUUGGGCUUCCUGAAUGACAAGGGGAAAAUCUGAAUGAGCUGGUGGUGAUCAUCAUCCUGAGUUCGAUCUCCUGGCCAUUGGCACCUAGUCCUGAAUUGACAGAUCCAGUGUAAGUAUCGCUGGAGAAGCCAACUAACUCUGACAUCUUCAACUCUUUCCUUUGGAGAUGGUGAACAAAACCUAAGGAUGGUUUAUAACCAAUGUGGGGCGGUGAUCUUGGCUUGUUUACUCUGUUGCUGCUAUUGAUGGCAAUGUGGUGAUGUGAAAGCAGCUCAUAAGUCCAUUAUAUGAUCAGUUAAAGCUUCAGUGACACUACUGUACCAUGCAGCAUCCUUCUGAAGAGGAGGUCACAGAUGAUGCAAACUGCAGCUCCUCUGUUGCAUAUGGAGCAAUAUCAAGGGAGGGGUUAGAUCAGAGGUUGACAUGAAAUAUCUACCAUCUUGUUCAGACCAUCACUGCUGCCUGCUUAUACUCUCUAUCUUUUGUUCCAUUUGCAGUUUGGUCAGAGAGAGAUUGAAUUUGCACCAAUUAUCAAGCACCCAUUUGCGCUAAUUCCAUUUUAUUUCUCCGCAUUCCUCUCAAUGCCUCCAGAUUCUGCCACUUGCCUACAAUUGGAAGCAAUUUACAGUAGCCAGUGAACCCAGCAACCAGCACACUGUUGAGGUAAACACCGAAAGUACUGCAAUCGCUCAGCUGGUCAGGCAGCAUCUGGGGGAAGAGAAACAGGUAAUUUUUCAGGUCCAGAACCUUUCAUCAAAACAUGCAAACUCCACACAGCCAGCAGCAGAGGUCAGGGUUUAACCCAGAUCACCAGGUUCCCAGGUUGAUGUUCCAUCACAGCCCUGUGUUACCCCAGUAUCGUGGGCUGACACCUGCUGAGCCUCCUGCUCCUACGGCCCAAUUAAUGAAUGAUGAUCACUGUGUGUGUAAGUCCAGAGUACAGUGCAGUAUUCCUAUAGAACCAGACGUGGGCAUGACCAGACAUCUGAUUCAAAGGAGAUAUUCUGUGAAUGGUAUUGCUGUCUGGGCAAAACAUAUUUGUGUGUGUGUGUGGACCAAGUGCAAGAUAUAAGAAAUAAGAGGUUUACUGUUUGAA